GUGCUAGUGGCGGGCCGCAGAGCCGGGACGCGUGGAGCCGGUGGCAUGGAGACCCGUGCCGCAGACGGCAGCUUCCUGGGCGACUUGGGUUUCUGGGUGGAGCGCACCCCCGUGCACGAGGCAGCCCAGCGGGGGGAGACCCGGCAGCUGCAGCAGCUGAUCGAGAGUGGGGCCUGCGUCAACCAGGUCAUGGUGGACUCCAUCACGCCCCUGCACGCGGCCAGCCUGCAGGGCCAGGCGCAGUGCGUGCAGCUGCUGCUGGCCGCCGGGGCCCAGGUGGACGCCCGCAACAUCGAUGGCAGCACCCCGCUCUGUGACGCCUGUGCCUCGGGCAGCAUCGAGUGCGUGAAGCUCCUGCUCUCCCACGGGGCCAAGGUCAACCCGCCCCUGUACACGGCAUCCCCGCUGCACGAGGCCUGCAUGAGUGGAAGUUCUGAGUGUGUGAGGCUUCUUAUUGACGUUGGGGCCAACCUGGAAGCGCACGACUGCCACUUUGGGACCCCUCUGCACGUGGCCUGUGCCCGGGAGCAUCUGGACUGCGUCAAAAUGCUGCUCAACGCAGGGGCCAACGUGAAUGCGGCAAAGCUCCACGAGACGGCGCUGCACCAUGCAGCCAAGGUGAAGAACGUGGACCUCAUCGAGAUGCUCAUCCAGUUUGGAGGCAACAUCUAUGCCCGGGACAACCGGGGGCGGAAGCCAUCCGACUACACUUGGAGCAGCAGUGCCCCCGCCAAGUGCCUGGAGCACUAUGAGAAGACACCUCUGAGCCUGUCCCAGCUCUGCAGGCUGCCAAAUGAAUCCUUUUCCCACCCUAAGUUUUGCUCAUUCCUUGAAGCUCUGCAAUUGGCAGAAGAGGUCGCCGGCACCUGGUGGGUACUGUCAACCGUGGAUUCAUGCAUUUUGCGGAUACUUAAGGAACAUCUGUUAUGCUUCAGGCACUGCCUCAGUGUUUUGAACUGGCUAAGAAUGUGACUCACCAUCAAGGCAGGGAAAGAAACUGUUUCACAAUCUGUUUCUUUAGUAAUAGAAACAAGUAAUUCUACAUGAUAAACCAUGAGGUAACAUGACAUAGUAUGUUCAGACUGCAUCUGUCUGCUUAAGAUUCUAUAUCAUAGUUUAAAAAACAAACCCAAAACCCGGGCGUUAAACUAGAGGACUUCUGUAUAAGUAGUUGAGGUCUAUUUGGUUUCAGGGGAAAUGGAGAAGGUACCGCUUGUGAACCCUCUUGAGGGUCAAGCCUGAAGCCAUCGUCCCCAGAAAUGUGACCUCACCGAUUCCCCCAGGAGUGUGGGGAGUAGAGUGAGCCAGGAUGGGCCAAGGUCAUGCCAGCUGUGCUCACAACCAGAGGCACCUCUUGGCAGGUCUACCUGGGUGGGGCCCAGAUCUGGUGGAAAGUUCCACGCUGGCAGCUGUGGGUAUUUUCCAGCUCCUUGGUUCUGGCUGUUGUUACGAUGGUGCUUCAUCGUAUGUGGAGAUGAGAGCCCCUCCCAUUCGGCUGCAGGUGUACAUGCAUGUUCUGGGUAAAUCAGUGUAUCUGUGUGUACUAAUAAAAUUAAAAAGAGCGUUGGGUUCUGCCCUUUCAUCUCUGUAACAGGAACUUGCCUCUAGCCAUGAAAGUUGCUAACAUUUCCACACGUGGAGUGCUCAGGGCAGAAUCCGGUCCCCAUACUCACUGCUCAAUAAAGGUUGUUGGAGAGAGUCCA